AUGAAAUUCGGGAAGGAAUUCAGGACCCAUCUGGAGGAAACCCUACCGGGAUGGAGGGACAAGUUCCUCCGCUACAAACCUCUCAAGAAACUCCUCAAGAAUCUCAACAACAACCAAGAUGCAUCUCCUGCCGUUGAUCUUGUCCAUCUUCAGCACUGGUUCAUUAGGAUCCUCAACGAGGAGCUUCGAAAGUUUAAUGAUUUCUAUUCUGAUGAAGAGGAAGAGUUCGUCAUCCUCCUUCAGGAGCUGAAGGAAAGAAUUGAGCGCAUUAAGGAGAAGAGUAGCAAGGAUGGGGUUUUUACGUCUGAAAGUGAAUUUAGUGAAGAAAUGAUGGAUAUUCGUAGAGACCUUGUCACCAUUCAUGGGAAGAUGGUGCUUCUCAUAAAUUAUAGCUCCCUAAAUUUUGCAGGACUGAUUAAGAUUUUGAAGAAGUAUGAUAAGCGAACUGGGGGAUUGUUGUGUCUCCCUUUCACGCAACUCGCCCUUCGUCAGCCAUUCUUCAGAACUGAACCUCUCACAAGGCUGGUCCAUGAAUGCGAGGCUAAUCUUGAGCUCUUGACACCAUUGGAAGCCGAAGUAGUUGAGUUUCAUAAUCAUAACACACAAGACCUUUCAAAUCCACCAUUAAGUACCACGACAAACAUCCUGGAUGAAACUUCCGCUAAUCUUGGAGAGGAAACCGUGGACCUAUAUCGUGGCACCCUUGCUGCAAUGAGAGCCAUACAAGGCCUUCAAAAAGCAAGCUCUACUUGCAAUCCAUUGUCAUUUUCAUCACUCUACAAAAGCAAGGAUGACGAGAGUACUGGCGCUGUUACUGCAGAGAACUCAGCUUCAAACUCUCCAGCCACCUUGCAGAAUGAAGAUGACCCCAAUCAAGAUAAUGCCCCUUUAGUCUAAUGGAAACAUCUUUUAGGUCUUUAAAUGUUUCCUUUUAUGUUACUUUUUUAUUUCUCCAUUGGAGACUGAAUGAAAGGUUCCUCUGCAGUUGUAUGUACUAUUUAGGCAAAUAUAAAGAGCAAUUGUGUAUCCAUGAUGUGCAGAUAUCCUUUCUGCUGUGGAUGAUAUUGUGGAAGCAAUAAACAAUCAGCUUAGCAAUUGUUAAUGAA